AUGGUCUAUUGUCUCACUAGGACUGAUGAGACUUACGUCAAGGCGGACUUCCGGCAGCUUCCGGGGCUGUUCUACACUGCCCAGCAUAAGUUUGCUGUUUCGGAGGAAGUGAGGAAGCAGAAACUUUCACAGUUUGCCAAGAAAUGCUUGAUUUGGCAAGCGAUCUGCUCAUGUGGUAAAAAGAGUUGGCCGUUCGUGACAACCGGGACUGUUAACGGUGAGAUCUACGUCAAGGAGUGUUCGACAGAAAUCAUUUUUCAAAAUAGUGGAUCAAAUAGUGGGCUUCUUUCAAUUAUAGGCCCUCUGUUUCAUACUAAAAUUCUAACCGAACGUUUGUCUUUUCGUGGGUAUGUAUAUGUUUUCCAGUGGACCAGUCCCCGAUGGAUCGAGUUCUACGACAACUGCAAGGAGGCAAUCGAAACGUUUGACGUAUUGGUUGCCCGGGUGCAUGAUAUCUACUCGAAUCGCAUACUACAUGUGUUAACCUCAAUGCAGGACAUUCAACUGCAGUCCCUGCCGAAUGAUGACGAGAUGUGGACCGUCGAUGAGUUUCUGGAGUAUACUGAAGAUACUUGCCGCCAGGCGGCGAACGAGCUGAACCGUAAGAGUCAAAUGGUAGAGGAAGCGGUCGAGGAGGUGUUGGACCUUGUGCACCGAGCUUCCCAGAUAUUCAAACGCAUGGUUGGUGCAGAGAACGACUUCUUUGUAGACGAAGAAAAGAAACCGUCCGAGAAGUCAUCGCCAACUCCAGAGGCGGAGAAUAAUGAAGGCAAUGGGCAGCAGCAGGACUGGAGUAUACUUUGGUCGUGCUUUGAAAAUCCAUUGCAACUGUUGUCUCACCAUGGAGGCGGACUGCCCAAAGGCAUGCAGGACAUGGUAUUCAACGCCGUCUCGGAGAUGCGACGCUACUACAGUCGCAAAGUGAUUGAUGUCCUCAUACGAGUCACCCGAACUUCGCUGGACUGUCUGAGGCGACGGUUCAUCGAGAUAGAAGGUGAAGAUCUUCCUAGGAGACCUAUUUUCAUUUUGCAAUCGCUGCUGAUGAUACCAAACGUGACAAUUCGACCGAACCUAGAGGAGCUGCAGGAAGCAUUGUCGAUCGCUGGUAAGCAAAUUACCGGUGUAUCGAAAGGCGUUGCCCAGUGGAAUACCGGCAAAGAAGCCGAGGAAAAACCAAGACCUUCGGCCGCUGCUCUUGCAUCUGCCGCUACGGCCGCCAAGUUGGCGAAAGCCAAUGCGGCUGCGCUCGAUGACAGAUCCCGUCGUCGCAAGAUGUAUCGCCUGCAGUCGGAGGAGAAGCCUAGGAUGGUGCACAUGACGAAAAGUUUCUACAGCUAUGUGAUGGAUAAUAAAGAAGUGGUCAAGACGCUAUCUCUUCUGUCGAGCUGCAUCCGAAACUUGAAACCUGAAUUGCAUUUAUUUGUCGACAAGUGGGAGCCCUAUCACUUUCUGUGGAAAAACGAUAAGACGGUUCGUCAGCUGCUGGAAAACUCGCUACUGGAAUUCGAAUGUACCUUACGUCGAUUGGUGGAUUUGGAUAGUAAUCUUUUGAUUGAACCGGAUAUGCAGUUUUUUGGACAGAGCAUUGCUUUAUCGACCGAAAAGCUCAAGUUUGGAUUAGCAAUUGAGAUAAAAUCUUGUACUCAUAAGCUUGGACAAGCCAUGAAGAAGAAAUAUAAACGCGAAAUGGAUUACGUUUACGCGGUAAUCAACGAGAUGGACCGUAAAUUGGAUCGUCAAAUUCGAGAUUUGGACGACGUGCGAACUAUCAUGGAUACCUUGAGUAAAAUCCGCGAACAGGAGGUCGACAUGGAGCUGAAGAUUGAACCGAUCGAGGACGCUUUCAACAUGAUGCACAAGUACGAAAUUCAAGUCGAUCGAGAGCAAAUGGAUCAGGUCGAUAAUCUGCGCUACACUUGGGUUCGUCUGCAGUCACGUGCCAAAGAGGUACACUGCAAGCUGCUCGAGAUGCAGCCAGAUUUCCAAAGCGACCUGCGUGCGAAUCUGGAGAAAUUCAAACAGGACAAGAUCGAGUACGUUGCCGAGUAUCGGGUGUCUGGUCCGAUGCAGACGGGGUUGACACCUCGCGAAGCGUCCGACAAGUUGUUGCUCUUCCAAAAUCGAUUCGACGGAAUGUGGAGGAAGCUCCAGACUUAUCAGAGUGGCGAGGAAUUGUUUGGUUUGCCUCAAUCAGACUAUCCUGAACUUGGCCAGAUCAAGAAGGAGCUGAACUUGCUACAGAAGUUGUACAAGCUUUACAACGAUGUCAUUGAUCGGGUCAGCAGCUACUAUGAUAUUCCUUGGAGUGAUGUCGACAUCGAAGAGAUCAACAACGAAUUGAUGGAGUUCCAGAAUCGUUGCCGUAAGCUACCAAAGGGCCUCAAGGAGUGGCCCGCCUUUUACGCCCUCAAACGAACAAUUGAUGACUUCAAUGACAUGUGUCCAUUGCUUGAGCUGAUGGCAAAUCGAGCGAUGAAACCACGUCAUUGGCAGAGAAUCAUGGAGGUUACAAAGUAUACCUUCGAGUUUGAUAGCGAAGGCUUUACGCUGAAGCACAUUCUGGAAGCACCCUUGUUGAAGCACAAGGAGGACAUCGAAGACAUCUGUAUAUCGGCGAUGAAGGAAAAGGAUAUCGAGGCCAAACUAAAGCAAGUCACAAACGAAUGGUCGGCACAUGAGCUGAGCUUCAUGACGUUCAAUAACCGAGGCGAACUACUGUUGCGAGGUGACACUACCGCAGAAACCAUAGGGCAACUUGAGGAUAGCUUGAUGGUGCUUAGCUCGUUACUUUCCAAUCGCUACAAUGCACCAUUCCGUAAACAGAUUCAGCAAUGGGUUUACGAUUUGUCAAACUCGAAUGACAUUCUCGAGCGCUGGCUACUGGUGCAGAACAUGUGGGUCUAUCUGGAAGCCGUAUUUGUCGGUGGCGAUAUUGCCAAGCAAUUGCCGAAGGAAGCGAAACGCUUCUCGAAAAUAGAUAAAUCAUGGCAAAAGAUCAUGCAACGUGCCCACGAAACGCCUGGCGUGGUUGCCUGCUGUGUGGGAGAUGAUUUACUGAAGCAGCUGCUUCCACAUCUACAGGAACAGUUGGAAUUGUGUCAGAAAUCUUUGAGUGGAUACUUGGAGAAAAAACGCAUGAUGUUCCCUAGAUUCUUCUUCGUGUCUGACCCUGCAUUGUUGGAAAUUUUGGGCCAAGCGUCCGACUCACACACUAUACAGAACCACCUGUUGUCGAUUUUCGACAACACAAGAUACGUCAAAUUCCAUGAAAUAGAGUACAACAAGAUGAUGGCCAUUACUUCCUCGGAAGGCGAGCAGAUUCCGCUGGAUCGAGCAAUUCGAGCAGAAGGUUCAGUCGAAACGUGGCUAACGUCGCUGCUGCAAUCGAUGCAGCAAUCGCUCCACUCCAUAAUUCGCCAAGCCUAUGCUUUGAUGAACGAUCCCAACUUCACACUGUUAUCAUUCCUGGAGAAACUUCCCGCACAGGUUGGAUUACUGGGCAUUCAAAUGAUAUGGACAAGGGAUGCCGAAACAGCACUAAUGCAAGCUCGACACGAGAAAAAGGUUAUGUCCGAGACAAACAAUAAAUUUCUAGAGCUGUUGAAUACCUUGAUUGAUCAGACGACAAGGGAUCUUACCAAGAUCGAGAGGACUAAAUUCGAAACCCUAAUUACCAUUCACGUGCACCAGCGGGAUAUAUUCGACAUUUUGUGCCGGAUGAACAUUCGUUCGGCGAAUGAUUUCGAGUGGUUGAAGCAGUGCAGGUUUUAUUUUAAGGAAGACAUUGACAAAACCUGGAUCAAUAUUACCGAUGUUACCUUUGUUUAUCAGAAUGAGUAUUUGGGUUGCACCGAUCGGCUGGUGAUUACACCGUUAACUGACAGGUGUUACAUUACGCUGGCUCAGGCACUAGCGCUGAGCAUGGGGGGCAGUCCCUGUGGUCCAGCAGGAACUGGAAAAACUGAAACCGUGAAAGAUAUGGGGAAAACAUUAGCUAAGUACGUGGUUGUAUUCAAUUGCUCAGAUCAAAUGGAUUAUCGAGGCUUGGGACGAAUUUAUAAAGGGUUAGCACAGUCUGGCUCGUGGGGAUGUUUCGACGAGUUCAACCGGAUCGAGCUUCCCGUGCUGUCGGUAGCUGCCCAACAGGUGGCAGUCAUUUUAACUGCAAGAAAAGAGAAAAAGAAGCGUUUCCUAUUUACCGAUGGAGAUGACAUUGAAAUGAAUAUGGAGUUUGGAGUGUUUAUUACUAUGAACCCCGGAUACGCCGGCCGUAAGGAACUGCCAGAGAACUUGAAAAUCCAAUUCCGAACCGUCGCAAUGAUGGUACCGGAUAGACAGAUCAUUAUCCGGGUGAAGCUGGCUUCCUGCGGGUUCCUUGAGAAUAUAACAUUAGCGAGAAAAUUCUACACUCUUUACAAACUUUGCGAGGAACAAUUAACAAAGCAAGUCCACUACGAUUUCGGUCUUAGAAAUAUUUUGUCAGUUUUGAGAACGCUGGGAGCGGCAAAGAGAGUAAACACGAAAGACAGUGAGAGCACUAUCGUGAUGCGAGUGCUCCGUGACAUGAACCUGUCCAAGUUGAUCGAUGAGGAUGAACCGUUGUUUAUGUCGCUGGUGUCGGAUCUGUUUCCGAAUCAGACGCUGGAAAAAACUAGCUAUGGAGAACUGGAAGCUGCAAUCGCAAACCAAGUUGAACAAGCUGGUUUAAUCUAUCACCCGCCGUGGGUUUUGAAACUCAUUCAGCUAUAUGAAACACAACAGGUUCGUCACGGAAUUAUGACGCUUGGACCACCCGGGGCCGGGAAGACUUGCUGCAUUAGAAUUCUGAUGAAAUCUUUGACCGAUAUUGGACUAACGCAUAAGGAGAUGCGAAUGAACCCGAAAGCCAUAACGGCGUCCCAAAUGUUCGGUCGGCUGGACGUAGCUACUAACGAUUGGACCGAUGGUAUCUUCUCUGCUCUCUGGAGGAAGACAUUGAAGGCGAAGAAAGGCGAAUUCACGUGGCUAGUUCUGGAUGGACCAGUCGACAGCAUUUGGAUUGAAAACCUGAACUCGGUGUUGGAUGACAACAAGACGCUAACACUCGCAAACGGGGAUCGUCUCUCGAUGGCACCGACCUGCAAGAUAAUAUUCGAACCCCAUAAUAUUGAUAAUGCUUCACCGGCGACAGUUUCACGCAACGGAAUGGUUUACAUGAGUUCGUCAGGGUUGGACUGGAAACCAAUACUGCAAGCAUGGUUGAAAACGCGCAGCGCCCAGGAGAAGAAAGUUUUCAACGAUUUGUUUGAGGGAUCGUUUCUCAAAAUCUACACUUGGGUUACGCAGAACCUGCUGCUGAUGAUGGAAGUGCUGCAGUGUAAUAUCAUUCAGCAGAUGAUCUACCUGCUGGACGGCUUGGUUCCGGUGCUUGGUGAAAGCGAACAGGAAGCUGCCCUCUCAACAACCGGAAGCCUUGAUGAUGAUAUGGGUGAUGACGAGGUGGUGAAAGUAAAGGAUGAGGCUUGUACGCCGGAGCACUUGCAUCGUUUGUACAUCUUUGCUUUGGCGUGGGGUAUCGGAGCGUACCUCAACUCAGCGGACCGUCUCAAGUUGGACGCACAUAUCAAAAAACACUAUCGCAAUCUGGAUU